AUGUCCUCCGUCGAGCUGACUGACGAGCGAAAGAAAGAAAUAGGCCAGCACUUUGUCUUCGGUUUUAUUGGAACAGACUUGGAUGAGGACUUGCGGCGGCUUAUACGAGAUUACCAUGUGGGGCACUUGAUCCUGAUGAAGAGGAACAUCAGAGAUGGCGUUCAGACCCGGCAGCUUGUCCGUGAAAUUCAGACACUAGCGAAGGAAGUCGGACAUCUUACACCAAUCCUCAUUGGAACUGAUCAAGAAAACGGGUUGGUGUCUCCGACGACUGGAACGCAAUUCCCAGGUGCAAUGGCAUUGGCAGCAACUGGGUCGACUGAUCUGGCUGAGAAGGUGACCAAUGCAAGCGGAAAAGAGCUAGCGAGUGUUGGCGUACAUUGGGCCUACAGCCCAGUGGCAGAUGUCAACUCAAAUCCACACAACCCUGUCAUCGGCGUCCGUUCUUAUGGAGACGACCCUCACAAAGUCUCUGGCUUCGUGCAAGCUGUCUCCAAUGGACUAAUUCAGGCUUCGGUAGCUCCCUGUGCUAAACAUUUUCCGGGACACGGCGAUACCAACGUCGACUCGCACCUUGCCCUCCCAGUCAUCUCGAAGUCACGGCACGACCUCUACGCCAACGAGCUCAUCCCAUUCCAGCGACUCAUCUCCUCUGAAAUCCCAAGCAUAAUGACAGCCCACGUAGCCCUUCCUGAGAUCACCGGCAGCCUAGUCCCUGCUUCUCUCUCAAGACAAAUAACUACAGAUCUACUCCGCACAGAAAUGCAGUACAACGGCGUUAUUGUCACAGAUUGCCUCGAAAUGGAUGCAGUUAUGGAAACUUACGGUUCCGAGCGCGCUGCUUUAGAGUCGUUGAAGGCGGGUGCCGACAUCGCCAUGAUUUGCCAUACCCUUGAUAAACAGAUCGGCGCUGUAGAAUUGGUUUGGGAGGCCGUUCGAUCUGGUGAAUUGAGGAUCGAUGAGCUUCAGAAAAGCACUCGCCGAAUCGAACAACUCAAGCGAGAUUUCGCUGGAUCAUGGGAUGACUUCUUAUCCCCAAGCAGUCCCGACGAGGCAUUUACAGCCAUUUGGUCCCAGCUUCUGGACGAGAACAAGCUCAUCAGCCAACAGGGCUAUCAACGCUCCACCACCAUUAUCAGAAACCCUCCCAGUGUUCUCCCUCUCAGCAGCACUGACACGGUUCUCUUAUUUACGCCAAUCAUGGAGAGCUUGAAUCGCGCUGUAGACGACGCAGAAGACGUACUUCGCACCGCCAAUGGGCUACUCCGUAACACGAAGGGCGCUUCUUAUACAGCGUUCGCAUCCGCCAUCGGGAAGCGGGCGAAGAUGCAGCACAUCGUUUAUUCCCAUCAAUUUCCUUCCCUUUCUCCGUACUCACCGACCGCCAUCAUCUUUACCAUGCGCAACGCCGACCGCAGCCCCUGGCAAAUCGACUGUCUCAGAAACAUACUACAGUUGCUGGGAAGGGGGAACACUACUUCACGUUCUGGGACAGUGCCGAAGGUGGUUUUGCUAUCUAGUUGCCAACCAUACGAUUUGCUUGGGGUAUCAGAUAUCGACUUGGAGAAUAUAGCCCAUGUGGCGAGUUUCGAGUUCACAAUCCCCGCGCUCGAGACAGCUGCAAGUGUUAUCUUUGGGGAGAUACUCGCUCAAGGAGACGUACCAGUCACGAUUACUUGA